CGUGCGGGGCCGGCCCGGCGAGGAGGCGGGACACGUCGGCGCUGCCACCGCCGCCGCCGCUCCUCCUCCAGUUCCAGCUGCCGCCGCCGCCGCCGCCGCCGCCGCCGCCGCUUCCUGGGCUGAGUCCGCCCGCGGUCCCGGCGGCUCCAGGUGUGUUCACGCUGUCCAGCCCCUGCCGGAGUCCGCCGCCGCCGUAGCUGCCCCGGGCUCUUUCCCGCCCCGCUGCCGAGAUGGCGACGCGCUCCUGCCGGGAGAAGGCUCAGAAGCUGAACGAGCAGCACCAGCUCAUCCUGUCCAAGCUGCUGAGGGAGGAGGACAACAAGUACUGCGCCGACUGCGAGGCCAAAGGUCCUCGAUGGGCUUCCUGGAAUAUUGGUGUAUUUAUUUGCAUCAGAUGUGCUGGAAUCCAUAGGAAUCUUGGGGUUCAUAUAUCCAGGGUCAAGUCAGUCAACCUAGACCAAUGGACACCAGAACAGAUACAGUGCAUGCAAGAUAUGGGAAAUACUAAAGCAAGACUACUCUAUGAAGCCAAUCUUCCAGAGAACUUUAGAAGACCGCAGACAGAUCAAGCAGUGGAGUUUUUCAUCAGAGAUAAAUAUGAAAAGAAGAAAUACUACGAUAAAAAUGCAAUAGCUAUUACAAAUAUUUCUUCCUCUGAUGCUCCUCUUCAGCCUUUGGUAUCCUCUCCUUCUCUACAAGCUGCUGUUGAGAAAAACAAAUUGGAGAAAGAAAAGGAAAAAAAAAAGGAAGAGAAAAAGAAAGAAAAGGAGCCAGAAAAGCCCACAAAACCUCUUACAACUGAAAAGUGUGUUUGUGAUACUGCCUCACCUCAGCAAGAUUUGAAGUUGAAGAGAUACAAGCUGCAGAAGAAAGAAGAUCAGCAGUUGGAGCCCAAAAAAAGUACCAGCCCUAAAAAAGCUGCAGAACCCACUGUUGAUCUUUUAGGACUAGAUGGCCCUGCUGAGGCACCAGUGACCAAUGGGAAUGCAACCACAGUGCCAUCCCUGAAUGAUGAUCUAGACAUCUUUGGACCAAUGAUUUCUAAUCCCUUACCUGCAACUGUCGUACCCCCAGCUCAGGGGACGCCCUCUAUACCUGCAGCUGCCACUCUGUCUACAGUAAUAUCUGGGGAUCUGGAUCUGUUCACUGAGCAAACUACAAAGUCAGAAGAGGUGGCAAAGAAACAACUCUCCAAAGACUCCAUCUUAUCUUUGUAUGGUACAGGAACCAUUCAGCAACAGAGUACUCCUGGUGUGUUUAUGGGACCCACAAAUAUACCAUUUACCUCACAAGCACCGACUGCAUUUCAAGGUUUUCCAUCAAUGGGCGUGCCUGUGCCUACACCUGCAGCUCCCGGCCUUCUUGGAAAUGUGAUGGGACAGAGUGCGAGCAUGAUGGUGGGCAUGCCCAUGCCCAAUGGGUUUAUGGGAAACGCACAAACCAGUGUGAUGCCACUUCCUCCAAACGUGGUUGGCCCCCAAGGAGGAAUGGUGGGACAGAUGGGUGCACCCCAGAGUAAGUUUGGCCUGCCGCAAGCUCAACAGCCCCAAUGGAACCUCUCACAGAUGAAUCAGCAAAUGGCCGGCAUGAGUAUCAGUAGUACGACCCCAACAGUGGGUUUCGGCCAGCCCCCCAACACAACAGCAGGAUGGUCUGGAAGCUCAUCGGGUCAGACUCUCAGCACACAGCUGUGGAAAUGAAAGCUGCAAUGCAAGUUUCAUCCAGAACUACCACCUGACAUUCCUUGCUAAAACGCAUCUAGUUCCCCUGUUUAUUCAUGUACAUAUAUUUUUUUUCUUUUUCCCCAUUUGUUCAUAUUAAGAAUUAUCUGACUGACCGUGUUGGUCUGUACUGAUUAAAUUUGAUGUGAAAAGCAGGUUGAGAAAACAUUUUAUGUCAAGGGCAGCUUAGCUCCUUUCCCAUGAUUUCAUAGACCACAUUAUUUGAGAAGCUGCUCAGUCAACUUGCAUAAUCAGUUUUACUCUCGAUAAAAUUAUAGCUCUAAUGUCUGCAUAUAAGGGAAGUAGUUAUCAUGUUAGUAAUACCUCUAACAGUAUAAACCCCACCCCCAAAUUAGCCAGUAAUCCUGUAGGAAGGUACUGUAUGAUCGAACAUUUAAUCAUAUAAAUAGAAUGUAAAUGUAUCACUGAGCACUGUUUUCUAGUGUAUCAAAAUUCUUUUAUUUCAUCAUUCACUUCACUGUGCUGUUGUUAUGAUGUGCUUAACAGGGAACGUGGUUAGUGAAAGGAAGAUAAACCUGGAUGUUACUACAAAACUUAGUUUAACAAAUGUUUAAAGAACUCAAAUUUUAUCUGCCUCUCUUGUAAUUUGGAGCUCUUCUUAUGUACAUAGUGCUAAUAACACGAAGACCUUUCUCUGCACUAUAUGCAAACAGGGUAACUAAACAAAGCCACUUUCAAUCCUUGAAGGUAUAUCCAGGUUUAUGACCGUAAUUGUGUUUACAUCUUAUGGUGCCUAGUAUUGACAAAAUGUUAUAUCCCUAUAUUAAACAGAUGAAUCCAUAGACCUUUUAUUUUUGUGGGUUUUAUUUCCUACAGUGUAUACUGCCACCAACCUUACAGAACUUAAUAUUGCAAAGUGAGGAAUUGGGAACAUUUAGUUGACAAAAUGCCUGUUAUUUGUUUCUAAAACCUGCUAAGUUCUACCAAUUAUAAGGCCAAAUGGGAAAAAAAAAAA